AAUAAUGAAGACUCAGCCAAGAUGUAACAGCCACUCUCGUCGGUCACGAAUCUCGGAGUGACAUUUGUCUAUUCCUGGUCAACGACCGAGAAAUCAGCCCUCAAGACGCAAAAAAAUUCUAUGCCUUAUAAGCCUCCCUUUUGAUCUACAGUCUCAUGUCAGAACAAGAAAUCAUUGCUGGUCUCCGCUGGAAUAACUAUCUAUCUGUGCCAGUCAUUGCUCUGAUGUCUUAUGAGUAUCUUCUUUUGUUGGACAAGGAGAAACGACCAUGGUCAUUGAUGUCAUGCUUGUAUCUCAUCGUUCGAUAUUUCGGUCUUUUCCUGGCACUGCUUUGCGGCUUCUGGGGAGGGCUGUUGUAUAUACCUGAAUCAGUCAGCUACGCUCUUGUCGUUCUAAUUGAAUGGGGAUUUUCAGUGUAUUUCUGGUUUGCGGAAGCCAUUCUCAUUUGGCGGCUUUAUGCCAUAUGCGAUCAAUCCAAGCUCCUACUUUAUGUUCUAGUGGGAUUGUUCUUGCUUAUCGUCGCCCUCUCAAUUGGGACGGACAUCUAUCUAUACAGUCGACAUAGCGCGUUUUCAGUGAAAGAAAUCAUAACUCCGAACGCCAAGUACUGCACCCUUUCCUUCAAUAUUGGGCCUAUGCCUGCGAUCUAUACUUCCAUUCCGAUUGUGUGCUAUGAUAUCUUACUAGUUGUUCUCGCGGCUGCCAUCCUCGUGAGGCACCUUAAGGAACGAAGAGGGAUUCAAAUGAGGGCUAAUUCAUAUAUGAUCAUGAUCGUUCGGUAUCAUAUUCUGUACUUUGCCCUGAAUUUGACAAACCAAAUCUUAUUGGUUAUAUUAUGGGCUCACAUUCCGACCCCGGCGAUGAGUAUCUCAGAAUUCUUCAAUGAUACUGUGCCGUUUAUUCUCGCGCCCCGUCUCAUCCUCAGUAUUUGGGAUACGCAUGCCCACGAUGACUGCGUAGAAGUCAGUACAACAUUCGAGGAUUGUGUAUGUUGGACUUCACCCCUGAGGUUCGAGCAGCACGAGAUGGACUCCGUUGUCGUGUAAUUCUGGCUUGCUCAGGCUGGUUCCUCAGUAUGAAGAAAAA